AUUUUCCUCCCCUGCUCCCGCGUGGCGUCACAUCAAAGCUCAGCUCUCGUCGCUUGUGCUGCCUGUAGCACACCACCGCCCAGCGCAGCUCCCGAGACACCGCAUUUCUCGUCUCCUCUCGCUCUCCGUCCAAGCAAGAAGUCAGGACGAACACGUCACAUUCGACCAUGGACAUGCCCACGGCGGCGUGCUCACCGUCCUCGUCGGCGCCGCCUCCGCCGUCGUCGUCCGGCGUCGAUGUGGCCGUUGACGCGCGGACAGAAGAGGUCCGGCGGCGCCUGCUCCUCGAUGCCGCCAUCGACGGCAACCUCGACCUCCUUGCCAGGAUGGCGCUGGAGUUGCUGCCGCCGGCGCCUAGCGCCACGGGCGCGGACGCCACCGCCGGCGUCUGGUCGACGUGCGGCAGGGCGCUGCACCUGGCCGCGACCAACGGCAGGACCGACGUCUGCCGCUACCUGGUCCAGGACCUCGGCAUCCCCGUCGACGCCCUCUCCGAUGAGCGCGAGACGCCGCUGCUCCUGGCGGCCACCUUCGGCCACACCGCCACGGCGGCCUGGCUCCUGGAGCGCGGCGCCAGCCCGCGCGCCCCGGACGUCGACGGCGAGACCCCGCUCCACUGGGCCGCUUACAACGGGGAUCGCGACCUGGCGAUGCUGCUCCUGUGCAAGGGCGCCGACGUGGGCGCGGCGAACCCCCGGGGCACAGCGCUUCACGUCGCCGCCAUGCGGGGGUGCCCGGAAGUCAUCCGUGUCCUGCUGCGCCACGGCGCCGAUCCCAACAAGUUCGCCAGCCGUGUCUUCACGCCCUUGGUCUCAUCGCUUCUUGGUGGCUCCGUGGAAUGCAUGAAGCUGCUCAUUGAGGCUGGGGCUAAUGUUCAUGCCGGUGGAUUCAGUGGAGCGACCCCUCUGUUGUUAGCGUGCAGCCGCCGUCGCAACAUCGGAUUCGUCAAGUGCUUGUUGAAGGCUGGAGCAGAUCCGAACCUUCCUGACGAACUUGGUAGGUUGCCGAUAGAAAUUGCUGCGGUCCAAGGUGGAAAAAGACUUGUUCAACUUCUGUUUCCUGUGACCCGAUGCCCUCCAAACAUGGUUGGCUGGAGUGUUGCUGGCAUCAUGAGUUAUGUGAAUUCUGCUGCUUACAAGGAGCGGGUGAGAAAGGACUCUUGUAAGAGGAAAGCUGAACUAAAACUAGAAGGGAACAAGGCCUACGAAACCAAGGACUACGACACGGCUAUACUUAUGUACAACAUGGCAUUGAAGUUCGAUGACCCAAAGGACAUAGACGCCUCCAUAUAUGCAAACAAGAGCCUCUGUUGGCUGCGCCUUGGUGUGGGCGACGAGGCGCUUUUGGACGCCCAGGCCUGCAUCAGGUUAUGGCCUGACUGGGGGAAAGGCUACUACCGCCAAGGCGAGGCCUUCCGCUUCCUGCAGGACUACGCCAGCGCUUACACCGCGUUUGUCAAGGCAUCGGAGCUUGAUCCGCAGAACCCCAAGAUCGCCAACGCCCUCCGGGAUCUCUUGGAGCGCACGAAGGGCGCCUCGGUUUCACGGUGCUUGGAGGGAGGGGUGCAAGGACGAAGUCAGGUUCUGUCUGGGCCGUGUGAUCAAGCAGUCCAAGGGCAGGGCUCUUUUGUGCAGGCAGUAGGUAGAGGUCAGCCACUAUCCAGUGGCCAGUAGGAAAAUGGUGAAGCGGUGUGAAAACUGUGGCGGGAGUCGGAGGAUGUAUAGUUGUUUUUCGGAGAAAGUCUAAAAAAAACCUUGAACUUGGAGUCGAAGGCUAAAUCAAACCCCGAACUUCUAAUCCGUGAAAUUAGUAUACCGAACUAUC